CUUAGAGGGCUGUAACCUUGAAAGCAUAAGUCCAUCUCUUGGCUAUGCUAAUUUAGCACAUCACUUGAGGUUAUUGAUCUUUCCAGAAAUUCUUUUCACUCAGAGUUGCCUAAAUGGAUAUUCAAUCUUAGUUCUCAUGUCCUUAAGAUUGACCUUUCAAGUAAUCAUUUUAUAGGCCAGCUACCAAAUACAUUGCCAAAACUUCAUUCCUUGAAUUUGCUUUACUUGUCUGGUAAUUACUUAAAUGGCUCAAUUCCACAUUGGAUAGGCCAACUUCAGUAUCUUACCGCCCUUUCCAUUGAUGUCAACUAUUUUUCUGGAUCUCUUCCUACAAAUUUGGGAAAUUUGUCAUCCCUAGAGUCCUUGAUGGCAGAGGAAAAUCUCUUCACAGGGGUUGUGUCUGAAAGAAAUUUUGCAAGACUGAAAAAUUUAAAAUUAUUGUAUUUGGGAUCACCAAAUAUCAUCUUUGAUUUUGAUCCCAACUGGAUACCACCUUUCCAACUUGAGGAGCUGUAUCUAGGACCACUCUACCCUACACUUCCUCAAUGGUUAUACACACAGACAUCUCUCAAUGAUCUCAUCAUUGGAAACUCAAUGAUCUCGUUUGAAGCUGAUGAUAAUAAUGACAAGUUUUGGAACUUUGCAUCCACAGUUGUGUUUCUCCAUUUGUACAACAACACAAUAGAAGGGGACUUAUCACAAGUGUUGCUGAAUUCCAGCAACAUAAUUCUGUCAUCAAAUAAUUUCAAAGGUGGUCUACCUCGACUCUCAUCCAAUGUUGUUUUCUUCGAGCUACACAACAGUUCCCUAUCAGGAUCCAUCUCUCAUCUCUUGUGCCAUAGCAAGAAAAGCAACAAUAGGUUGCAGUACUUGGACAUUUCAGAUAAUAAUUUAUCUGGAGGGCUAACAGACUGCUGGAUGAAUUGGAAGUCACUGGUUCAUGUUAAUCUGGGAGGCAACAAUCUUGUUGGCAACAUACCCCCAUCAAUGGCCUUCUUGUCGAAUCUCACUUCACUGCAUCUACAUGAGAAUAACUUGUCUGGGGACAUAUCAUCUUCAUCACUUCAGUAUUGUCGCUCCUUGUCCAUCCUUAAUGUCCGCGAGAAUAGCUUCUCUGGAAACAUACCAAAGUGGAUGCCACUAAGUACAAAGAUCCUCCAGUUAAGGUCCAACAAGUUUGUUAGUAACAUUCCCUCACAGAUAUGUCAAAUGCCUUUCCUCAUUAUUUUGGAUCUUGCAUAUAACAGAAUCUCAGGACACAUACCCAAAUGCCUAAACAACAUCACAUCCUUUGUUGACAUGCAUUAUUCAACCAGUUGGAUUUUCUAUAAUUUCUUUGAUGGGGAGCUCCCAUUUACAGACAUAGACAAUCUUAUAUUGCUUGUAAAAGGUCAACAAUCGAAUUAUGAUUCGAGUCUGAAGCUGAUGCGCAUGGUUGAUCUUUCAAGUAAUAAUCUGACAGGAACAAUGUCUCCACAACUGUUCAGCCUCUCUCAGUUGCAUUUCUUGAACCUAUCCCAUAACAGGCUAACAGGAACCAUACCAAAAGAGAUUGGGAACAUGAAACAACUGGAGUCUCUUGAUUUAUCCCAAAAUGAACUUACGGGACAGAUUCCUGAGAGUAUCCAGUUUGUCUUUCCUCGAUAACUUGAACCUGUCAUUCAAUAACUUGAGCGGCCAAAUCCCAUCAGGGACCCAACUUCAGAGCUUCAGUGAGCUUAGCUAUAUUGGGAAUGCUGAUCUUUGUGGACCUCCCCUUCCCAAAAACUGCUCAAAUCAUGGGGAUGACACAAAGGCUUCGGGUGAGAAUGAUGAUGAUGAUGGUGAUGAAUCAGAUUUUCUGAGCUGCCUCUAUAUGGGCUUAGGAGUUGGCUUUGCUUCAGGCUUUUGGGGAGUUUGUGGUGCCAUUUUCUUCAGUCGCAAGUGCAGACAUGCUUACUUCAGAUUUCUGUAUGACUUGAGAGACCGAUUUUAUGUCCUGCUGCUCACAAAUUUCAACUCCUUUCACUGAUAUCCAAUUCUCUGCAGGUUCUUUUGAAGAACAUAAUACAUAAGAUCUCAUCAGCUGCACCUGCUAUAAAGAUCCAGCAGAUACUUCAUGCAGUGUAUUGCGCUUACAGUAUCACUAGCUAAUUAUUGAAUCCCAAUGUCAGAUUUAUAUUCUAAAAUAAAGCGUAGAUAUAGUUUCUUGGUUUUGAUGCAGAAUAUUGUUUCUCUAAUUAUUUGUGUAAUAUUGCUUACUGGUAUGUGAUGCAUUAAUUAUAUAUAUA